AUGCCUCGCCUUGUAGUCGGCGGAGAGAGAGGCGUCCUGGAGUAUGUCGGCACUGUAUCAGAGAAUCACCGUCGAGAUGUCUGCUUCUCUUCGUCUCGCCGUCCUGUCUGCUUGUUGUCCUUCGUCGUCGUCGUCUCCAACUUGUCCACUCUGGCCAAAGAAGAAGACGACGGCGACGACGGCGACGAAGAAGAAGAAGAAGAAACACAUCGAGAAGACGAGAAGGAGACGAGAAGAUUCAAGAUGCCGGGCGACAACGAGACCUUCUACCUGCGAUACUAUGCCUCUGCGCGCUAUGCGAACAACUCGAACUACCGCAAUGACUCCCUCAUCCGCAAAGAAAUGUGCGUUAGCUCGCUGCUGAUACAGGAGAUCAAACGGAUCAUCAAAGAGAGCGAGAUUCUCAAGGAAGACGACUCGAAAUGGCCACAGAAAAACAAAGAUGGACGACAAGAGCUUGAGAUUCGACUUGGGAACGAACACAUAUCCUUCGAGACUGCAAAGAUAGGCUCGCUUGUCGAUGUCACCGAAUCGGCGGAUCCUGAGGGCCUGCGAGUCUUCUACUAUCUCGUACAGGACCUCAAGGCGCUCGUCUUUUCACUAAUAUCCCUCCACUUCAAGCUUUAUAUAGGGCCCUUCACUGUAGACCUCGCCAUCCUGGCCCUUCCCCGCGAUCGCAUGACCCCCUUUGCUCGCUCCAGUGGCGCUGCGCUGCUCGACUCGACGGCCCGCUUGGCCCUGCAACUGCUGCGUCUCUGCUACUCAGCUUGCGCUCCUUACCUGCGUCUGCCGGCUCAAUCGAUCCUAUGUCCUACCGUUAAAGCCGUCUCCAUGCCAACCCACAGUGACAUCAGCGCCCAUACGCAAGUCUCAGCUUCUUCUAACGCGCCCACACGACCAACUUGUCCCCCGGAAAACGACAGAAUAACCUCCUGGAUAGAGUCUGCAGAAGGCAGAAUCAACGCUGCGGCUGAUAAUGGCUCUCUGACGGCGCAGUCUCCUCCAACUACGGCGGGCGAGCGCCCUGACUCUGACUCGGCUAUGACCACCGAUGAAGCUUUAUCUCCGCAGCAGCGUGAGCAAGGACAGCAGUCUCAGGGAUCAGAACCUGCAACGGGUGGUGGCAGCACUUCUACUGAUGCUGCUACUACGAUGCACUCCCCGGGAACAGAAAAUAUCGGUGCUGCUGGCUCGGGCAUAGUUGAGUCGCUGGCCACUGCUGAGGAGGUGCGCUCUCCUGUAUCGGACUCGACUGCCAUAACCGACGAUAACGAUGAAACGGACGAGCCGAUGACCCCUACGACGAGCGUCUCUGCUGCUACUGAGAUCAAGGACGAGCAGCGGGAGCCUGCUGCUACUGCUGCUCCAGCCAUCCCCGACAUUCUGGCCACUCACCGGACUUCCAUGAGCUUUGAGUACUCUGAUGCCAGAUCUGAACAGCAGAUUUACACCGUCGACGUGGAGAUCAAAAACGUCGACAUGUCCGAGUCCUAUCUCUGCGGAUACCUCAAAAUCAAAGGCCUGACACCGGACCAUCCUACACUAACAACUUUCUUCGAAGGCGAGAUAAUUGGCACCAAACAUACCUUCCAAACUCGUCAUGAGGAUUGGGGUGCCACUGAAAAGACGGAUAUGCACCAUUGGUCCCGAUUCCCAGCCUGGCGUCCCCUUUCUCGAUUGGCCAAACAGCCGGACUUCACCUUCAAGGACUAUGCCCAGCGGGAGAACAUCUUCAUGCGGUGGAAGGAAGCCUUCCUUGUGCCCGACCACCGUGUCAAGACCAUUUCCGGCGCCAGCUUCGAAGGGUUCUACUACAUCUGCUUCAACCAGGUUCAGGGUACCAUCAGUGGCAUCUACUUCCACGCGAAGAGCGAAAAACACCAACAGCUUGAGCUCAAGCCUGUGGAGAACUACGGAUGCUGUGCAGCCAUCGAAUUCCGAUGA